GGGACGGACACCACAUUAAACUGUCGUUAAAAUAAAUGUUUACUUUAAAGUUAAUUGUUUUUAAUUUUUAAUUUAUAGACAGUCUUUAUGAAAUCCCAAUAAAUAAUAUAAGUAAAAAUCUUAAUUUUGUCAUUUUAGUGAGUAUGGAGAAGUGUAUUAAAGCAAGAUGGUUGAUUCGCGUUUAAAUUCCAAUCCACCAACAUUGUUUCAUUGUUUUGCAAAAGUACCUUCAUAUAUUGCUAACAAAGACAAAGAAUCUUCAUUGAGCAAUAUAUUUCCAAAAAACUUUGAUGACAAGGAUGGUGUGUUAAAACAAAUACCAACAUUUUGUUUUCCUUGUGCUGUUAAUAGUGAUGGUGUCCAAUACUCCACCUUUGUACUCACAGAUUUGGAUAGCAAAUUCCGUUUUGGAUUUUGUCGUUAUCCCCCAAAUGCAGUUAGUUGCCUCUGUAUAAUAAGUUAUAUGCCAUGGUUUGAAACAUUCUACACAAUACUUAAUAAGUUAUCUUCUCUACCAGAUGAGGAUUGUGUACAUUUUUUAGAACUUCUUUACUGUCAAUCGAUUCCUAAACCAGGGACAACGUUGGCAAUCAAACUAAAUGUAUCUGGAAAAGAUCAAACAUACUCAAUUAAAAUUGCUGAUACAAGAAAACUACCAUCCAUACCUGAAAAUAGAAACUUGACAGAGUAUUAUGCAAAAGUACAACCAAUGAACAUGAUUUAUUUAUUUGUAAGUAUGCUGUUUGAAAGAAGGAUUAUUGUGACCUCAGAGAAGCUGAGUUUGCUUACUGCUGUGGUACAUGGUUCAGUAGCUCUUCUCUAUCCAAUGCAAUGGCAGCAUAUUUUUGUACCGAUUCUUCCGCCGCAUUUAUUAGAUUACUGCUGUGCACCUAUGCCUUUUUUGCUUGGUAUACAUUCUUCAAUGAUGGCAAAAGUUCGACAAAUGCCAAUGAAUGAGGUUGUCAUAUUAAAUGCUGAUACUAAUGAAAUUGAAUUUGAUCAAAAAGAUAUGGAAUGUUUUCCUUCAAAGAUCACAAAGCGAUUACACAAACAUCUUCAGCGAACAGAUAAAGCGUUAAAUAAGUAUGUUUCACAGUUAUUUUUAAAAGCACUUGCUGAUUUGAUUGGUGGAUACAGAGAUGCAUUGAAGUUCAUAGAUACACCAAAGGGUGGUCGCAUUGUUUUUGAUGAUGAAAUGUUUUUAAACACUCGUGUUGGAAGUAUGAAGGUCUUCCUUGAUCAAAUACUUGAUUUACAGUCUUUUAGGCAGUUUAUCGCUGGUCGAUUGGAUAUGCUUAAUGAUGGAGUUGAUAUGAUAGAUAUUUUUGAGCAGGCUGUUAUUGAAAGAAAUGCAGAGUAUGAUGCUGAUAUUUAUGGCCAAUGGAGAGAAAAAAUGAAGAAAGGAGGAGGCGCAUUGAAAAAAUCUGUUGAAGGAAAAUAUGGGUAUUUGAAAGAUAUAGUUAAUGAAAUAGAAGUCAAAGAAAUGAAGAAAAAGCUAAAAACGAAAGUCAAAGAUGGUUAUAAAGGCAUAAUGAAAAUGACGGAAAGUAAAAAAGUGGAGGAGUCAGAAACUGAAUCAGUUGUGUCGGUAAAACGAAUUAACACUAUGCCAAAUUCACGACUAAAGAUUAAUCCAUUGAAAGCAGACAGACAUUCGUUAUAUGCCACAUUUAAUCGUAAAACUCUACCUCAACCAGCUAAGACUCCUCCGCCGCGUCCACCCCAACCAAUUGACACCCGUAGUCCUUUACUUUCUAAAGAGACUUCAUCUUUGCGCGCAGCUCGAAAGGACUAUUCACAAAUUGAAACAAAUGUUAAAGAAUCGCAUAGUGAUCCAAACAUAUCUAAUCUUAUUGAUAUCAGUUCUCCCGAGUCUUCUCUAUCAGGGAGCUCAGAAAAUGUCUUUAUUUGGAAUGGAAGCGAAAAGACCAAAAAGGUAUUGUUAAGUAAGGAACUCUUAUUACAACCCGUUUACUACUCGGAAAAAAGCAUUCAAAAUUCCCAAAAAGAUCAUUUUGAAAUAUAUCACGCAACUCAAGAUUCUGUUGGAAUCGAAACUCAUUGCCCUCAAACAUAUAGCGAACCAAACGUAAAUGCUUUUAUUGAUAUGAGCUCGUCAGAGUCUUCAGUUGAAGAUAGUUCAGAUAGUUCAUUUGAUUCAAAUCCAAUCUAUAAUAACAGUCCAAAGAAUAAAUAUAAAACUUCUCUCAUCAAUGAAGAUGUUAAUAAAAAUUUGUUUAAAGAACAAUGUGGUAUUAAUCAAAAAACGACAGUUUUACAGGAUUUUACAAUCAAAUCUACUGAAAUCGAAUAUAAAAAAAAACCUAAAAUUGCUCCACCGCCUCGUCCGCCACCGUUUUCAACACCCAUAAUAUCUAGACGCCCUCCUGUAAUAAACGAUAGUAAUUUUGAUUCCACUCCGAACAAUGAAGAUGAUAUUACCCAUAAUUCCCAAGAAAGUUCUCCUUUUUAUAAGCCUUCGUCAGAUUUGUUAGAAUUAGACAGUUCACUCUUUCAAGAUACACUAUCCUCGUUAUCUGCAGAUGCUCGUAAAUUUGUUACUAGUCCUCAAAUCCCAAGGCGUUCGUUAACAAAAGACCAAUCCGAAAAAAGUGAUUUACUGUUGUCUCAAAAUAAGUUACAAGGAAAAAAUCAAUACGACGAAUGUAGAAAUACGCUAAUAAAACAAAAUGAACUUCAGGUAAAAAGUUUAUUUGAUGGACGAAACACUUCAACUAAACAAGAAACAAAACAAGACAAUAGUAACAACAUUUUUGCUGAUUGUUUCCAGACGGCAAAAAAUGAGUUCGAGUUAAAAAAGAAAAGCGAAGAUUUUGAGAAGAAAAAAAAUCAACUGAUUAACGAACUUAAUGCUGAAACGGAAAAAAUAAAUGAUUUCCGAAAACGGCAGAGAAGUAGUAAUUCGGCCAAACUGCUAACAAAUCAGAACUUGGGGCAUUACGAGGAAGUGUAAUUGUAUAAAAAAUGUUAGAAUUAUUUGAAAAAUCACAUUAAUUUUUUGUUUA